AUGAGCUCAGCUUCGGAGACAGAGUCCGCACUGUCGAGGGAAAAGCUCCUUCGCAGCAGUUCCGAGUCGUACAGAGACGUCGUCGUUGUGCGAGGGAUCUCACGGUGCAUCCGCGCCGCUCUAGGCAUAUCAGCAGCAAUUAACGUACUACUGUGCUCUCCAGCAAACGAAGCCAUCUCAUACAAAGAAGUCGUCUUCGACAGCUCAGUCCAGAACGGCAAGACGCCGUACCAAGGCGCCCCCAACGCCGAGAACAACGCACUCUGGCACCACCUCUAUAACAAAGUAGGCAUAAGCCAGAUCCCAGCGUCGUCGGCCAGGCUCGAGGUCCCGUCCAGCCCGGUGCCGGGUCACGAGGACCAGCACUACAUCCAGCUGGAUGUGUUCCACCACCUGCACUGCCUAAACAUGAUCCGGCUGAUGCUGGGCAAAGGAUGGGGCCACGUGGACCACUGUGUCGACCAGAUCCGGCAGUACCUCAUGUGCCACGCCGAUACGACUCCGCUGGUGUGGCAGUGGAGCGAGAGGAACAAGAAGUACCUGACCUACAUGGGCAUGAAGCACACGUGUAGGGACUGGGACAGGUUCUAUGGGUGGGCAGAGCGACACCAGAGCCAGUGGGACUAUGACAGGUCCAGGUACGUGCCUGGGAGCCCGGAGUGGGAGGACACAAAGGCGACAGUGAAAUGGAUGAAGCACAUACCCGGUGAUUUUGAAGAGUAG